AGUAUGUCCCAUGAGUUUGUGUCCUAUUUUCUGAGUGCCUUGCAAGAGUCGGGUUACUACAAAGUCCAUUAUCCUUAAGCAACUCGAGGAGGACUUCGUGGUUACGAGAGAUAAAUAAAUUGUCGUUUUGAUCAACUGAGUUCACAUCCAGCCGAUCAACCGUAACACUUGCAACAGUUGCAAAUUCAGCAACACUACAACUGUGCUGACUCUUCCAGGCUUGUCAAGGUAUGAACCCCAAAAACUUACGCUCGGACUAUCUUCUCAAGAGACUAAUUUAGGUGCACUAGAACGUAUUCGUUUCAUGUCGUUUCUCUCUAGCCUUUGUCGUAGGAACCUAGACCCACCCCAUCUAGUGCAUUCACGACUACGUUCACUAAUCAAUGAUGUUUUUGAGGUUCACUAAUCAGUGAAGUUGGUAAUAAUUACAAUUAUGAGGUGUGAAUCUUGACUAUUUGAAUAUGAUAUAAGUACCUGAAUGUACUCAGUUUGCUAUCAUUCAUCGCUCAUUGCUCAUCUUACUCAUUGGACUACCUCUCGUUUCACUGCUACCUCAUCAUCCACUUCCUUUUCAGAGCCACGAGGUCAAGUCAAUAGUCAAACAAAAAAAAAUUACAAUGUCUCCGACCAGAACCAUUAUAGUCUUUGGAUCUGGCCCCGGGAUCGGUAUCCACCUCGCCUCUCACUUCGCCACUCAUGGACCCUUUACGCACGUCAUACUUCUCGCGCGUAAUACGUCUCGUGUCCAAUCGUCCGACGCUGUGUUUCUAAAGCAAGAGCUAGCCGCCCACAGCAAUAAAGAUGUAAAGAUUGACGUAGUAGCAAUCGAUCUCGCAGAUCUGGACGUGCUCCCGGGGGUGUUGAUUAAGCUUGACGGGCUGGUAAAGCGAGGACAGCAGGACGAAGAGGUAGUUGAAGUUGUGGUUUUCAACGCAGCGAGGAUCCGAAUGACAGAAGGAGCAUUGGAUCUUGAUGUAAAAGAGAUGGAAGAGGAUUUGAGAACAACGACACUAUCUCUCUACUUGAUAGCUCAACACUACCUCCCACGUCUCUCUUCUCUUCACUCCACAGACCCAGCUCUCAAACCAGCCCUCUUGAUAACAAACAGUCAUCUCCCACAUUCUCCGAUUCCACAACUCCUAUCGCUAUCACUUUCAAAAGCAGCGCAGCGAAACAUGGCGCAAAGCUUCAAUAUAGCAUUCCGCGAACAGGGCGUCCACGUGGGAUUGAUCACUGUGCAUGGGGUUGUUGGAGAAAAAAAGGAAGAUGGGCAAAUCAGACCUAGCGAAAUUGCGAGGAAGACUUGGGAGUUCUACGAGGAGGGUGUUGAGGGGGGUCUAGAGGUGGUUAUUAGUGGCGGAGCGCCCAAAUGA